CCUCCGCCCUUCGCGAACCAGCAAUUACCCUACACGCCCAAAUUCGUCCGCCAAGAGAUUGAAGGGCUUCCCGGAUCGAGCCAGUCCAUCAUCUCCCGUGGUCCGGCAUCCGCUGCUGCUUCCGCCAUCAUCCCUCCUCAACCUGGCGGCAUAAGCAGUAAGCAGCAGAUUAUCUGGUACAGUGCUGAUACCCAGGCCCUCAUCGUGCCAUACCAGCUUUGCCUGAUGCAGGUUAUACCUCCGCCACUCUCCAUGCUCCUUCUAUGGUGGGCAGUCUGAUGCCAUAUCCGCCGAGCAUGGCGCACCUACCCAUACAUUCCGCCUCAUCUUCCCUGCACAAUGAUGGAUGGAUGUCAGCAUCGCUGCCUGCACCUCGCUCUAGUCGUAGAGCAUCGCUGGUUCCUGUAAUGACAGCGAACAUUGCCCCAGUCUGUCACCAUCGAUCUCCAUCUCACUCAGCGAUUGAUGAUGGGGCUUCCGAUGCGAGCUAUUAUGCUCGUCCCAAGACUCUUCGUCGUCAUCGAUCAGACCACGUCGACAUCGAUUCCGGCAGUGACGGAUCUAGUCCACAUGAACAUGAACAUCGACGAGCAAUAAGCCAUAGCCAUCAGCACCCUCGUCAUCGAUCUCCCUCUAUCGGCCCGCCAGCGGACGCACAGUCGCAUUCUUGCUCGCCUAACGCCCCGUCUCCCUUGUCACUUGUCCGUAGCGGCCACCUCGGAUCGCCACUGUCGCCUAGCUACCACCGGCAGCUGGAGGAGGAUGCGGAAAGACGAUCUCCUCGACAUUCCUACCUGGUCGAGGAUGAUCACAGAAGUCGACAUGAUCAGCAUGUCGCAAAACCGCACCAACGUCACCGGCACCACUCAAUCAACUUGACACCUCGCUCAGCUGUCGCCGACAGGGUACAUGUUCAAGGCGAUGUCCAUCGACGUCGACACCACUCACACCAUCAUUCCAUGAUUCCACCGCCUCAAAACUCCCGCCGAAGUCCUUCACCUGCACCUGUCGAGAGCCAAUCACCCUACCACCGGACAAGGGCAGUCUCUAUGCACGCUCUGUCGACCACAGACGAUCUCUCGCCAGGCGUCGCAGCAGCCUUUGGAGGCCUCAAUAUGGGAGUGGGCGGAACGAUGUAUCAAAGUCCCAGUGUUGUAGGCGGCCAAGACUCUUACGACGAUGGAUCCAGCAUUGCCGGCAGUGCUCUUACGUUCCUAGAUGGUCAAGUGGACGGUCGAACCAGCCAGUACGGGCUGCCAAAAUACCCGAAAGAAAUGAAGCCAGACUACAGAAGGUGAGCGUAGCCUAUCGAUGAAUGCUGAUCCGCAGAUUUUGUGUACAACGAGGUAAAGCAGAUGUGUAUCUCGAUUGAAGAUCGAGGCUCCGAUUCGGAACGGCUGUAGAUAACUCAGAUAUAGAGCUGUGGAUACUUGAAUCGCACUGCUUGUAGCAAUACGAAGAAAUGCAACGCCAACAUACACCUGUCCGAGUAUACAAAACUAGCUCCUGUACACGUCAGCACG